AUGGACCCAAUUUCCCCUCCCCCGGCCCUCACGCACCUUUUCACGCUCCGAUGCGCCGUAUCACCGCCCAUGGAGAUCGGCACGGGGCCUUACGGUCGUCGCCGCUGCGUUCCGAUCGAAUCCGGAACGGUCUAUGGGAAAUAUCUGAACGGGGAGGUAGUUCCGGGGGGUGCAGAUUUCAUGCUCGUGGAGACCGACCAGACAACGCACGUGAACACAAACUACGUGAUCAAGACUGACGAUGGGGCGUUUUUGUAUAUCAGGACGGAAGGAACCAGAGCCGGUCCCCCAGAGGUCCUGCAGGCCCUGAUGGACGGUGGACCGGUUGAUCCGUCGCAGUAUUGGUUCCACUUGCAUGUCAAGAUCGAGACGGGCCAUGAGAAGUAUAAGUGGCUGAACAAUCGAGUCAUCGUGGGUCGGGCGACCAGAGCGAAGAGCGAGGUUGCCUAUGAUGCAUAUUUCCUGGAGAAUACGGCGUAG